AACAAGAAAAAUAUAUUAUUAAGGGAAGGCUUUUCUUUGACGACCAAUCUCCGAAUUCAAUCUUCCUCCCCAAUCGGAAUCAGAUCCUCUCUCCCUCCUUCAACUUUCCGGUGAGUAACCACAGAGGUACAGUUUUGUGCUGUGUCUUCAUGGACGAGGUGAUGACGGUUGGGGAUGCAGCCUCAUCUUCCAUUAAAACGUCGCCGGGUCCUUUCCUCGCUUCCAAUCUCCCCCUCCUCUCCGCCUUCCUUGCUGGCGCCAUCGCCCAGUUUCUCAAACUCUUUACCACCUGGUAUAAGGAAAGAAAAUGGGAAUCUAAACGGAUGCUUGAUUCUGGCGGAAUGCCUUCGUCUCACUCUGCAACUGUCUCUGCUUUGGCCGUUGCUAUUGCCUUCCAGGAAGGAUCCGGAGGACCUGCUUUUGCCAUCGCCCUGGUCUUUGCAUGUGUUGUAAUGUAUGAUGCUACUGGUGUCAGACUUCAUGCCGGUCGUCAAGCCGAGUUGCUGAACCAAAUAGUUUGCGAGUUUCCUCCUGAACAUCCUUUGUCCAGUAUUAGACCAUUGCGAGAUUCACUUGGCCACACUCCACUUCAGGUCUACUCUUAAGUGGCUAUCAUUGAUAGAAGCUAUCACUGAGUCAAUAUCAAUUGAUAGCAACUAUCAAUUGUUAUCAUCAAUAGCUGCUAUCAAUAGCAACUUUCAGUUUGAGAAGGUUAGGAAGAAACACUCAUAAUAGUGGAAAAUAGAAAGUUAUCACUUGUAGCAGCUAUGCUGAUAGCAACUAAUAGUAGCUACUAGUUAUAGCUGCUACAACUGAUAGUUGCUAUCACUAAUAGCUUUUAAUUUGAAAAUUCGGGAACACCCAAAAUGGUUUAUGCAUGUGGAUUGUUUUAGUUUUUUACAAAUUCUUAGUGUUAUAUAUGCAAUUAUUUUAUUUUUGUGCUAUAUAUUUUAUUAUUUUGGGCUUAAAUGCUAUUUAUGGGAGUGGUCCUCAUAUUUAUGUGUGGAUGUGGAGGACAUAUGUUAUUAAAAGCUUAGCCUUGCAAAUCGGGGUUCUGUGAAUUGUCAAUAUUCUGGAGAAAAGAACUAGACUCUUUUGCUAUGAUGGAAGACCGUGAUAGGUAUGGCCUUGAAGGAAUGUUAAGGGUAUUUUAGUAAUUAGUUAAGUUAGGGAAGUUGGUUAUAGAUAGAUGGGAAGGGGAGUGGAGAAGAGAAGCAAUAUUUGGAGAGUGAAUUAGAGCUUGAGAGUUGUCUCAAGAUUUUGAUGAAAACAACUUUCAUUGAGAAAGAAUGAAAGAAUACAAGGACAUACAAACAACCAGCCCACAAAACCGCCCUUUUAAAGGUAGGGGGACCAAUUAAGUAAAAUGUUGCCUAUAGAAUAGUUACAUAAGUUCUUUGAAACUGAAGUCCAAAGAGACAUGAAAUCUUGCCAAAGA